AUGACUGAACAUCGCCACCACGUUGCGGAGGUCCUGAAACGCCUGAGGGAUUUCCAGUUGUUCCUGAAAGCAGAAAAGUGCUCUUUUCACCAACCCUCAGUGCAGUUCCUUGGCUAUCACAUCGAUAGCAGUGGCAUCCGGAUGGGAGAGGGGAAGGUGGAUGCCAUCCGCAACUGGCCCAUACCCACAACUAUUAAGGAACUCCAACGUUUCCUUGGAUUCUCCAAUUUCUACCGUCGCUUAAUCCUGAACUACAGUAUCAUUGCCAGUCCACUUACUCACCUCCUUCGACACAAGCCCAAGUCUCUGUCCUGGACACCUGCUGCCACCCAAGCCUUCGAGUCCCUCAAGAAGUCUUUCACCACCUCUCCUCUCCUGGUUCAUCCCGAUCCAGAGAAACCUCUGGAUCUCUUCUCACCCACAUUCCUUCACCUGCACUGCCGAACUUUCACCUGGUUGUUCAAUAAACAUUAUAUUACUUGUAUCCUUGUGUCAGUCCCUUCUGACUUGUAA